AUCAUUUACACCCUAAAUACAGAACACUUAUAUAGAGAGAUCGUUACACACAAUAAAAGUUCCUCCCCCGAAAUCUUUUUCACAAUAAAACAAAAUCUCUCUCCCUGUUCACCCAGGGAGAAAAUUUUGAUUUUCCUUAAUUUCUCGUCAUCUUUCUGAUAUUUUGUUCCAUUUUUUUUUUGGUAAUAUGGAAACAAAAUAUCAGAAUGGUGAUAAACUAAUAGAGAUAGAGCAAAUAAACAAGACCAUGAAGAAGAAAAAGUUAUCACGUGGGAUGCACGUGUUCUCCGUCGUCAUGUUCAUGCUCCGUCGUCGCCGGAGGAGAAAGUCUUUCAACACCGGGUUCUGGCGGCGAGUGGUUGAGUCCGUUCGUAAAGUCCAUUCCGAAAUUACGAUAAUGCCAUCGCCCAAAUUUAUAAACACAAUCGUGCUCCCUCCGGCUCCUCCUGCGGCGACGGAGAUAGGCCAAGACGGUGGCCAUGAUGAUGAUGAUGAUAAUGAUGGUUCCGGGGAUCGUUUAUCGGAGGCUAUUGAGGUUUUCACGGCGGCUUCUUCUUCAUCAUCCUCCGGAAUCUCGGGAUAUGGAUCUGCUAUGUCUUUACGUGAUUUGGAUUGCCAUUAUGAGGAAGAUGAUGAUGAUGUUGAAUGUUAUAGCGAUGUUGAAGGAGGAGAUGAUAUGAUCGAUAUCAAGGCUGAGGAAUUCAUCGUGAGAUUCUAUGAGCAAAUGAAAAUGCAAAAUCAGGUUUAUACUGAACGUUGCAAGGCCAAAGGAAUAAUAAUGAAUCGAGUAUCUAAUUAAGAUCAGUUACAUGCAUGGAGAUUGGAUCAUGGAAAUUUGGAAAUGUCUCGUGAAUUGAUUAAUUUGGUCAGACGAAGGAUCGAUCGAUCUUGAGGUUUUCUUGAUCGAAUUUAUUUUUUGGCAUUACUUAUUACUUUUUCUUCAUUUUUGUUUUGUUAUUUGUGAGUGUGUUUCAACUAAUUAAUGAA